AUGUCUGAGAUCAAGUACCAACAGGAGGUGCAUGACGCCGACAUCUUGGGUGACAAAGCGCACAUGAGCCAUGAUGAAGCCCUCCACGAUGCAGUGCUUACCCCCGAUGAGAAGCUCAUCGAGAAGAAGUUACGACGACGCAUUGACAGCCGUAUCAUGCCACUUGUUGUCCUUGUGUACUUGAUGAAUUACAUAGACCGCAACAACUAUGCCGCGGCUCGUUUGCAAGGCCUUGAGGACGAUCUGGGUUUGACUGGCGAAGAGUAUCAAACUGGUCUCUCGAUCCUCUUCGUUGGCUACAUUCUCGGACAAGUCCCUUCAAAUCUCAUGUUGAAUCAUCUCGGCCGGCCAUCUCUGUAUCUUGGCUUCUUCACCACCGCCUGGGGCCUUGUUUCUGCCCUGACGUGCUUGGUCAAAAGCUACGGCAGCAUUGUGGCAUGUCGAUUUAUACUUGGUAUUGUGGAGGCUCCUUUCUUCGCCGGAGUCUUGUUCUAUCUAUCCAAAUGGUACACCAAGGAAGAGCUCAAUCUGCGCAUGUCCAUCUUCUAUUCCGGCUCCCUGAUCAGUGGCGCUUUUGGCAACCUGAUCGCCGCUGGCAUCUUGAGCGGGCUGGCGGGCAAACGAGGCCUCGCUGCUUGGCAGUGGCUAUACAUUAUCGAAGGAACAAUCACUGUUGCUAUCGGCCUCUGCAUCAUGGUCAUCCUCCCAGACUUUCCCCACACCUGGAAGCGCCUUAGCCCUGAAAUGCAACACGUCGCCAACCGUCGUCUAGCAAUUGAAGCUGCGGAGGCCGAUGUCGACGAAGCUGGUGGCAUGUCUCAAAUCAAAGGCUUCAAGCUGGCAAUGAAAGAUUCCAAAACCUACGUUCUAGCCAUCGCUUACAUGUGCAUCACUGGCGCGGCAGGUUUCCAGAAUUUCUUCCCAACUUUGACCGCAACGUUGGGCUACAGCCAUACUAUCUCCCUUCUACUAUGUGCACCACCCUACAUCUUUAUCACUAUCUGGGCUCUAGCGCAUAGCUGGAUCAGCGACAAGGUGCACAUGCGCUUCUGGUUCUUCAUGUACCCAAUCCCUAUUACGAUUGUCGGCUUCCUCGUCUUCAUGUUCACCGAGAGUUUCGGAGCAAAGUAUUUUUCGCUGUUUCUAAUGUGCUUCAUCUUCGCAAUGAACGGUACCUGCUACGCAUGGAUUGCGUCCGCCAUCCCUCGGCCCCCAGCCAAGAGGGCUGCGGCCUUCGCCUUUAUCAACUCGAUCGGUAACUCAGCGAGUAUCUGGACACCAUUCGUAUAUCGCAAGCAGGACGCACCCCACUACCGGCCGGCGCUUGGUAUGAACAUCGGCCUCCAAGCCAUCGCUGCGCUAUGUGGUAUGACGAUGUACAUUAUAUUGAGCAGGGCCAAUAAGAGACUUGACAGACUUGCGGAUCAGGACACCCCCUUGGGACAGAAGGAUCUGGCUAGAUUGGAGAAGACUGCGCAGAUGGAAGGUAUUGAUAUUGGGGCGGCGAGGAUGUUACAGAAGGGCUAUCGUUACAUGAUCUAG